UAGUUUUUUGGUCAGUAUUCACUAGACAUAAUCAGGAUUUUAAAAACGGGUCAUUUUUGUACAAAAUUGCAAUUAAUUUUCGUCGUUUUCCGUACAGCUAAUUACCUAACGUUAACCUCCGUUCGCGCCAAAAAGCUAUAUUUGCAGACAGAGCUAAUAAACAGAAUGUCCACUUCUUCUAACCACUACGCCUCCUUACUAAAGCUCUGCUGCGAAACCCGACACCAUAACCAAGCCAAGAAGCUUCAUUGCCAUAUAAUCAAGACCCUGCCAUACCCAGAAACUUUUCUUAUUAACAAUCUCAUAAAUACUUACAGCAAAUUAGACAACUUAACUUAUGCACGCCACCUGUUUGAUGAAUUACCACAACCAAAUUCUUUUUCUUGGAACACCAUUCUUUCUGCUUAUUCGAAAUCCGGGCAUAUCUCAAAAAUGCAAGAGAUUUUCAAUCUCAUGCCAAUUCGAGAUGGGGUCUCUUGGAAUUCGGUUAUUUCGGGGUAUGGUAGUUGUGGUUCUGUUGUUGAAGCUGUUAAGGCUUUUAACUUGAUGAUGAGAGAUGGGGCUUUUAAUUUGAAUAGGAUUACGUUUUCGACGAUGCUUAUGUUAGCUUCGAGUCAGGGUUUUGUUGUUUUGGGAAGGCAGGUGCAUGGUCUAAUAGUGAAAUUUGGUUUUAGAAGUUAUGUUUUUGUUGGUAGUCCUUUGGUUGAUAUGUAUGCGAAAACAGGUUUAGUCUCUGAGGCUAAGAAGGUUUUUGAUGAGAUGCCCGAGAGGAAUGUGGUAAUGCAUAAUACGAUGAUUACGGGCUUUCUGAGAUGUGGGAUGGCAGAGGAUUCGAAGAGGCUGUUUUAUGAUAUGAAGGAGAGAGAUUCUAUUUCUUGGACUACUAUGAUCACAGGCUUGAUACAAAAUGGAUUGGAGGAAGAAGCUAUUGGUUUGUUUAGACAGAUGAGACUAGAGGGAAUGGGUAUGGAUCAGUAUACAUUUGGCAGUGUGUUGACUGCUUGUGGGGGACUCAAGGUCUUAGAACAGGGAAAGCAAGUUCAUGCCUUUAUAAUUAGGAGUGAUUAUAAGGAUAAUGUGUUUGUGGGUAGUGCACUCGUUGACAUGUAUUGUAAGUGUAGAUUCAUACCAUAUGCAGAAGCAGUUUUCAAGAGAAUGACAUAUAAGAAUGUUGUAUCAUGGACUGCAAUGUUAGUGGGUUACGGUCAGAAUGGCUUCAGUGAAGAAGCUGUUAAGAUCUUUUCCAACAUGGAGAGAAAUGGGAUCGAGCCAGAUUAUUUUACGUUUGGAAGUGUUAUAAGCUCAUGUGCAAACCUGGCUAGCUUAGAAGAAGGUGCUCAGUUUCAUUGUCGAGCCCUUGUUUCCGGCUUGAUUUCUUAUCUAACAGUCUCCAAUGCACUUGUUACAUUGUAUGGUAAAUGUGGAAGCUUAGAAGGUUCCAUUCGCUUGUUCAAUGAGAUGAACUUCAGGGAUGAAGUCUCUUGGACAGCAUUGAUUUCAGGAUAUGCACAAUUCGGGAAGGCCAAAGAGACAAUUGAGUUGUUUGAAAGAAUGCUGGCCCAUGGUCUGAAGCCUGAUGCUGUUACAUUCGUAGGAGUCCUUCUAGCUUGCAGUAGAGCAGGUUUAGUGGAAAGAGGACAGCAAUAUUUUGACUCUAUGUUAAAAGAUCACAGAAUCAUUCCCGCUCCUGAUCAUUACACUUGCAUGAUUGACCUCUUCAGUCGAGCUGGAAAGUUAGAAGAAGCCAAAAUAUUUAUCAAUAAGAUGCCUUUCCGUCCUGAUGCAAUUGAUUGGGCAACUUUGCUAAGCUCAUGCAGGAUUUAUGGUAAUGUAGAAAUUGGGGAAUGGGCUGGUCGGUCUCUUCUAGAAUUAGAGCCCCAGAACCCUGCAGGCUAUAUCUUGCUUUCUAGUAUCUAUGCUGCUAAAGGAAAAUGGAAUGAUGUAGCGCAAUUAAAGAGUGGAAUGAGAGAAAAGGGAGCAAGAAAGGAACCAGGAUGUAGUUGGAUCAAAUAUAAGAACAAAAUCCACAUUUUUUCAGCAGAUGAUAGUUCAAGUCCAUUUUCUGAUAGGAUUUAUGCUGAGCUGGAUAACUUGAACCACAAAAUGCUGAAGGAAGGGUACAAGCCAGAUGCUAAUUCAGUUCUCCAUGAUGUUGAGGAGUCAGAAAAGAUUAAGAUGCUUAACCACCAUAGUGAGAAACUUGCAAUUGCUUUUGGAUUGAUAUUUAUUCCUCGUGGGCUUCCCAUAAGAGUAUUUAAGAAUCUGAGGGUAUGCGGGGAUUGCCACAAUGCCACUAAAUAUAUUUCUAAGAUAACUCAAAGAGAAAUACUUGUAAGAGAUUCUGUUCGGUUCCAUUCAUUCAAAGAUGGAGCUUGUUCAUGUGGAGAUUUCUGGUGAGAACUAGCAAGAGGAUUAUCCAACUAGAAAGGCAUAUCCCUGGAGUACUUAAUUGCUAUAUUCGGUUGAUAAUUUUGGACUUUGGACGUAUAUAUUGAUAGUGCUAAAACACAAUGCAAUUUGAUGUCAAGAUGGCCUUUGCUGAAUUACUGAUCUCAAUUAUUUCUGCUGGAGGAGCCCAAUCACCAAAGUUCCUUUCAAUGAACUGUUGCCCACCACCAAGAGCUUUGAAGAAGUCCAUAUCACGGUCAUAGAGUACAGCACCACCCCAGUAUCGAGGCCAGAAGUCCUGUACCUGCAUGACGAUAUGCAACAGCUUGCAUCAAACAAACAGGAGUUUAUUGAAUGGUGAGAAGUUGAAAGUUCACUUGAUACCUCUGACUCUAUAUGUUCAUGGAGAACUGCAACAAGUUGAAUUCCUAGUGCAUCAAAGAUGGGUUUUUUGGCAUACAAUUGGUGAGCUUCAGCUCUGCACAUGAUGCACCUGUUUGAAAUGCAAAAGAACGAAAGGUCAAUUCCACCAUCUUAUGAGUACUCAAUCAACAUUGGAAUCUUCAUUUUAUGAUAUUUGAAGGCAGCAAUAUAUUCAAUUCCUAGUUACAGGUAAAUCAUUAUUGGGGGUUCAGGUAUUCUUUAGCUUCAUAUCCAUAACCAGGUGCCACCCACAUCCUAGUGUUUAAAUGCUUUUUAUGUAAUGCUGCUGAUGGAAUAUUUAUCAACAUAAGAAAAUGAAAGACGGGAUUUAGAAGAUCAGUGCUUACCCGGGACGUCUGAUGCAGAGCAGCACUGCAGGUUUAUCUCGCCACAGUUCUGAGGCCUUCAUCGGGGGUGCCCUGGUUUUUACUAAACGCUCCAUUCCAGCCUUAUGCUCGGGAGUUAGUUUCUGAAGUGAUAUGUUCUCGAUAAAAGAGUAAGGGGCAACUUCAUCAACUAUUGGAGGAGGUUGUACACAACCACAUACUCGAGAUUCAGCUGGCCCAGCUGCAACAAUUCCUUUAAAGACAUAUCCAUCGUUAAUUUUAAAGUCUGCCAGUGAUUGCUCGAGCUGUUUAUCAUAGCUUAUGCUACUAUUACUAGGAUAUCUUGAUGUGCUGUGCAUAUAUUUUGAGCUAGCAGUACCAGAACUCUUCAAGGUGCUAUCAUUUCUAGAUGUUGUGCUGCUCAUUCUCCUUGCAGGGACUGCAUAUGCUUUAGGCAAAGUUUCAGAACAUGCAGCAGUUCUAUCUGUGAACCGUGCAACAUGACCUCUUUUCAUUCCAAACUGGGAUGAGAGUUCUCCACCGCUCAAGCUCAGAAGCUCGGGCAAAGAUUUUCCAGAUUCUUCUAACUUAUCUCCGUAUUGCAUAAGCGCACGGUCAUGCAGGCAGGCCAACCACUCUGAUAUAGAACAGACCUCUGAGAAUAAAUUCACAAAAAGAGCAAUUAAUAUGCUGUGACAAUGACAAAACCUGGAUUUGGCUUAA